UCGUCGACUCCGGAAAGUGAGACAAAGCUCGAGGGGGAAUUGGUGAAAUCGACCAAAAAGACAACAUGAAAAUGUCAAAAAAGCAACUUUGUCGAGCCACAGAGGGAAAAGAGCGUCAAUGGCCACAACGGGAGACCGUUUCCUCCACUCAAAUUGACCAAGAUGUCCAGCAGCCGAUUGGUCGUCAGCAGGAGCAUCGGCAGACCUCCCACGUUAAAGAGGAGGAGGAGGAUCCACAGCUUUCCCAUGUUAAUGAGGAAGAGCAGAAUCCGGAGUCCCAGCACGUCAAAGAGGAGGAGCCAGAACACCCCCAUGUGAAAGAGGAAGAGGAGGAUCCAGAGCCCCUCUACAUUAAGGUAGAAAAGGAGGAGACCGACGUCAGCAAAUUGCCACUGACUGGUGUCUCUGGGGAAAGUAAAGACAAAGACAAAUCACCUGAGUGGUCACAGCUGCAUCAUCGCAGCCCAAGGGGCGCCCACUGUGGAGGACCACCCCCAGACCACCUCUUAGCUCCACUGUCAGACAGUGAUGACAUGGAAGGACCUUUGAGGGGUGAGGCAGACUGUGAAGGUGACGACACACCGUGGAAAUGCUCUGAAAGGGAAAGGACUCUGGCCAUCAAGGAAAGUUCACAAAUGCGUCCAAAACUUUUUACCUGCUCAGUUUGUGGUAAAGGUUUUGCUAAAAAACAACAUAUGAUGACACACAUGAGAACACACACAGGCGAAAAACCCUUCAGUUGCUCAACUUGUGGUAAAACCUUCUCUCAAAAGCCACAUCUGGAAUCACACAUGAGAACACACACAGGCGAAAAACCCUUUACUUGCUCAUUUUGCUGUAAAACAUUCUCACAAAAAGAAAAUAUGGAAUCACACAUGAGAAUCCACACAGGAGAAAAACCAUAUACCUGCUCAACUUGUGGUAAAACAUUCUCUCAAAAGCCAUAUCUGGUAUCACACAUAAGAACACAUACAGGAGAAAAACCCUUUCCUUGCCCAUUUUGUGGUAAAACAUUCUCUCGAAAGGAACAUGUGAAAUCACACAUGAAAAUGCACACGGGAGAAAAACCCUUUAGUUGCUCAUUGUGCGAUAAAACAUUCUCUCAUAAGUCAAAUCUUGUCGCACACAUGAGAAGACACACAGGAAAAAACGCCCUGAGGUGUUCAGUUUGCCAUAAAACAUUCUCUCGAAAGGAACAUGUGGAAUCACACAUGAGAACGCACACGGGAGAUAAACCCUUUCGUUGCUUUGAGUGUGGCGAAAGCUAUGCUCUUAGGGCCAAUUUGACUGCACACAUACAAACACACAACCAGGAGAAAAUCGAUGUUUUACAGGAGUGAUCAGACAGGCGAAAUUCAGUGAGGGGCCAGCUUGAGUCUGAGUCCCGCUAUGUCUGAAUGACCAACAUCUUCGCACUAGACUUUCAUCUUUUUCAAUGUCCAAAAAUUGGUUACAUUCUCUUUACCAACAAUUUUCAAAGUCCUUUGGUUUCAAAAAUUCCAAAAGGUCCAGAAGAAAAAAAAUACACAGUGCGACAUCCCUUUUGUAAAGUCCCCUUUUGUGUUGAUUUUUGUGUUCCAUUUGUGUCUGUCAGUCUGUGUAGUCUCCAUCAAAUUGCUAAGUGGGCAUUUUUAACCGUGUCCUCCAUUUGACCCAGUUUGUGACACCUGUUGUGAUAACAACCUCUCUAUGCUCACAUGAGUAGUACAAAUAUUGAAGGGCCUAUCUCACUGACCUGGAGACUAGUUAGCGUUCUGAUGGUGGAUCAAGUCUCCACUCCGUCUCCGUGACGUCUCCUGGAGACUAGCCGAGUUGCCAAAGGAGUCUGAAACGGAACAUGUUCAAUUUCAUUGGAGACCUUUUGGCAACUCCUCUAUAUGCUCACUGUAGAGCAAAACGUUCACAUAGCUUAAUGUCACAAAACUGCAAUCAGUCAUCACCAAAAUGUAUGUGGACAUCUGUAGUUAUGUCGUCAACUUAGGGGCAUCACUAGACAGCCCCCGAAAAAAAAUCCUUGUUGGCUGGGGGGUGGGUCAUUUUCCAUCCAUGAAAAGCACUAUACUGUAGCUGCUAUAUUUAUAUUUUAUGGACAUACCACAUGUUCCUAUAUGCUUAUUUAUAGAAAAAGCCCAACAUCACUUAUGUCCUAUAAACUGUGAGCAAUCGUCAUCAAAAUGUAUCUGAACAUCUAUAUCUGUGUCCACUUCAACCUCUGGAAAUAUCGGAACGAUCGCCACAACAUUUUGGAUUAUAUGGACGUUAAAGCGUUUUCCUCAUUACGGAGGAUUGUCCAACGGAUGAGCAUGGACGCUGAUGAAACUUUCGGGCACAUCCCACCUGCAUUGGAGAGUUCCGCAGCAAAAGAAAAGCAUACUGUACUAAUAACUUACUAGUGACGUAUGACGUAUGGGUGCAAUAAUGGAGAAAUAAAUUAAGAAAUAAAAGGUACA